UAAAAAAAGCAGCUCUUUAUUAUCGUACACCCAAAAAAUAAUUUUUGCAAUGUUAUUAUGCAUCAUAUCAGCAAUACCAAUUGAAACUCGUAACACAAAACACGCUCGUGUCAUCCUUAAUAGAUUGUCAUAUACUAUUUUUUUUACUAUGGAAGCAAUAUUUCCCACAGUGAGGCGUUCAUUUUGACAAGAGUCGGCUUUUGUCUCUUUUUACACUCUCCCCCUUCUCCUUCAGUGCUCUGCUUCAGUGCUCUGCCCACGCAAAGCAAAUAGCAGCAGUUGCUUACGUCACUGCUGUUCCCGAUAAAGGUCUCCAAAGUAUGUAAUCCCGCGAGUAAAAUGUAGACUGACGUCAGCGGCCAGAUUUGGUGUGAAUCGACACAAUGUCUCGGAAUUACUAUGUGUUGCAUGCGAGAAGGGAAAUCAAAUUCUGUCAUGGAAUCAGUGAAUAGAAGGUGGUUAAAGUCCAAACCUAGUUAUGUUUUUGCAGGCUCCACAGGUGAACUCACGGACACCAGCUCCAUCCACCCGCUGGCUGUGGCACAAAGCAGCAGUCACAGCCACCAGAAACCUUUUGAGGAUGUGACACAGAAGAGGGAACAGCGCUUGAUGAAGAAUAGAGAAGCCGCCCGGGAGUGUCGACGGAAGAAGAAAGAGUAUGUUAAAUGUCUGGAAAAUCGGGUGGCGGUGCUUGAAAAUCAAAACAAGACUCUGAUCGAGGAGCUUCGGGCCAUGAAAGAAAUCUACAGACACAAAGCUGAUUGAUUGAUUGAAAAGGAGAAAGGACAAAUACCCGCAAAACUUUCGGUAAAGCAUUUCGUCUGCAAAUCCCUGUUGUUACAUAUUUGUGAUUUCAGACUCGUGCCAACAUCAGUAAACAACUACAUUCUGGUUCAAAUCAGUCUUCAAGAUCAUGUGUUGGAAACAGGAGGAAAAAAUGAAGCACACAAAGAUGCAAGUAAGACAAAACCAGGGAUUGUUGAUGAAUUUUUUUUUUGAGGUUUUUUUUUCAUCCAAAUGUAAUUUAGAUGCAUGUGAUAUUUUGUGAUUGGCAAACUCAAAUUGCUAACUAGCAAGAAAGUUCAGCUUUACAUAGCACAUAUGUGCAAAUGUUAAAUUAUGGCAGUUACUGGUACGGUUAUUCUUUUCCGAUAGAAAAGUACAUGUUUGCAAAUGUCUUGUUUUGAUUAAACACAUAAAUAAGAA